CUGAAGUUAACAACAGCAGUAACAGCAACCAGAGAAGCAAGCUCCCAGCAGCCCAGCCCUUCAAAUCCAAAUCUGCCUGAAGACCUACCUCCUGGGUGGCCACUGACCAGUCCUUGCCCCAGGAUGGGGACCAUGUCCAGAGCAGCCUUGGUCUUGGCCUGUUUGGCUGUUGCUUCUGUAGCCUCUGAGGGAGGCUUGAAGCUUCCAGAGCAGAGGGAGCUGGGGCCAGAGCACCUCCCCUACCACCUUCAAGAAGUUGGCUAUGCAGCACCCCCUUCCCCAACCCUAACCCAAGCCCUCCCCAUGGAUCACCCUGACACUUCUCAGCAUGGCCCUCAAUUUGAGGGACAGAGUGAAGUGGAUCCCCCUCUCCCUCAGGAAGCCACCCCACUCCAAGAAGAGCUGCCCCCUUCUCAGCUCCCUGUGGAACAAAAGGAAUUAGACCCACCUUUCCCACAUCAGAAGGAGACGACCUUCCGACCUAGGCAGAGAGAGGGAAAACCAGCUCCCUUCAUAAGCCAUGGCCCCCCAGAGCCUGAGUCAUGGAAUCUAGCCCAGCACUGCCAACAGGGCCGAUCCCGAGGGGGCUGGGGCCACCGACUGGAUGGCUUCCCCCCUGGGCGGCCUUCUCCCGACAAUCUGGACCAGAUCUGCCUUCCUAAUCGUCAGCAUGUGGUGUACGGCCCUUGGAACCUGCCACAGUCUGGCCACUCCCACCUUAGUCGCCAAGGUGAGACCCUCAAUUUGCUGGAGACUGGAUAUUCUCGCUGCUGCCGUUGCCACAGCUACACGAACCGCUUGGACUGUGCAAAACUCGUGUGGGAGAAUGCAAUGACCCAGUUCUGUGAGGCCGAGUUCUCGGUCAAGACCCGAGCCCACUGGUGCUGCAAACGGCAGGGGGAGGCUCGAUUCUCCUGCUUCCAGGAGGAAGCUCCCCGGCCACACUACCAGCUCCUGGCCUGCCCCAGACACCAGCCUGGUAUUUCCUCGGGCCCCGAGCUACCUUUUCCCCCUGGGGUACCCACUCUGGACAAUGUCAAGAACAUCUGCCACCUAAGACGCUUCCACUCUGUGCCACGAAACCUCCCAGCUACUGAUCCCAUCCAAAGGCAGCUGCAGGCUUUGACCCGGCUGGAAGGGGAGUUCCAGCGCUGCUGCCGGCAGGGGAAUAACCACACCUGUACAUGGAAGGCCUGGGAGGAUGCCCUUGAUAGAUACUGUGAUCGGGAACAGGCUGUAAAGACCCACCACCACUCGUGUUGCCACUACCCUCCUAGCCCUGCCCGCGAUGAGUGCUUUGCCAGUCAGGCUCCCUACCCCAACUAUGACCGGGAUAUCUUGACCCUUGACCUCAGCCGAGUCACCCCCAACCUCAUGGGCCAUCUCUGUGGAAAUACAAGAGUUCUCACCAAACAUAAACAGAUUCCUGGGCUGAUCCGGAACAUGACCACCCGCUGCUGUGAACUGCUGUUUCCAGAGCAGGCCUGCUGUGCUGAGGAGGAGAAAUCAGCCUUCAUCAACGAACUGUGUGGUCCCCGACGUAACUUCUGGCGAGACUCUGCCUUCUGCUGUAACCUGAGCCCUGGAGAUGAACAGACCAACUGCUUCAACACUAAUUAUCUGAGGAAUGUGGCUCUAGUGGCUGGAGACACUAGGGAUGCCAAGGGCCAGGGGGAGCAGGGCCCAACUCAGGAACAAAUGUCAGCCCCACCCCUGGACCCAAAGAAGAGUGAGUCACCCCAGAGCCUUGGAGGAUCAGACUGAGGGAACCCCACCCCACCCCACCCUCCCCGAACACUCAUUACAGUAAACACCUCUUGGAUUUGG